UAAGAAAUCCUUAGUUUAAAUAUGUAUGUUUUGACUGAUCCUAAACAAUUCCACUUGUUUCAUAGUUAUAAUACACAUAAAGUUCACAAACGUAAUGCACAGGAAGCUUUCUUUGACAUAACAGGUUAGUUGGGGAUGGGGUAGGUCGGUUUUUGAAAUAUUAUGUGAUCUCUUAAAUUUCUUGAAACACUAAAUAAGCAUUACCGUCUUUAUUUGUGCUUGUUAUGACCAGGGUAUUUUUCUUUUUUCUCGAGCAGCUCCCACAAAAUGACAAAACUUCUAUGUUGUUUGGGACUCCUGUUUUUAUUGGGUACCACCGAAUGUCAAACUGUAAACGGUAACUGGGGUCAGUGGUCAUCUUACGGAGCAUGCUCUGUGACCUGUGGUAUGGGGACACAUCAGAGGACCCGGUCCUGUAAUAAUCCAGCGCCCUCUGGUGGCGGAUCCACGUGUCCUGGGGAUGCACUGGAGGCCAAAACCUGUUUUGACGUCACAUGUUAUCCCUCUAUACUUGGAAAUCUGGAGCGAAAUUGCACUUGGACUUUUUUUGGUUGCAAGACGGGAUCGAUGUCAUGCAUUGAUUUCAGCUUCCGAUGUGACGGAAAAAAUGAUUGCGAUGACGGAAGUGACGAAGAUCCGACCGUGGCCGGAUGUCCGACCGUCUGCAGCGACAAUGGCGCCGAUAUUAACCUCGUUUCGAAAUCUGUGACCAGCAUUUUGUCAAUCUUUGGGAUAAUAAUAAUGAGAGUCUUUGUGUUGAAAACCUGAUCAGGAACAUUUAUUGCUUUGUUAAAUUAAUGUCAUUUAUACUUUUAUGGUUGAUAAAAAAAAAGUUGAUAGAA